UAUAUCAUUAUCAAAGAUCAUGCUGAUUUUGUCGAAAAGGGUCAGGAUAUUGUCUGUGCAGCCAUUUCGGCCAUUACUAAUGGAGCAACUAACUUUCUCCAAGCAAACUACGCAAAUGAUUGUAAAAUUUCCUAUCUCCUAGCCGAAAUAGGUAUUUAUCCAACAAGUAGUAAUCCAAAUGCCAACUAUGUCUGCAAUUAA